AUGAAAAUCAAAGCACUGUCUCGCCCAACGGCGUCGCAGCAGGCCCCCGGGUCUGCUACCGUUCGUCAAUCACGGAAUCUGGACCCAGCCCAGCAUCCUUUCGAGCGGGCUAGAGAAUAUACUCGGGCUCUAAAUGCUAUCAAGAUGGAGCGCAUGUUUGCUGCGCCUUUCUUGGGUCAGAUGGGUGACGGCCACAUUGACGGUGUCUACUCUAUGGCCAGAGAUCCGCUUUCUCUGGAACGCUUUGCCAGUGGCAGUGGCGACGGUGUGGUUAAGGUCUGGGACCUGACAACCCGGGAGGAGGUUUUCCAAACCCAAGCCCACGAAGGUAUGGUGAAGGGUCUCACAUUCCUCCCCGAGGAGAGAAAGCUGUUGUCUUGCGCAAGCGACAAGACCAUCAAGCUAUGGGACCCAUAUAAUUCGACCGCCGACGCCCCUCCCUUGACCAGUUAUCUCGGCUCAAGUGCUUUUACCAGUCUCUCACACCACCGCUCGUUGCCUGCGUUUGCAGCUGCCUCGUCUGUGAUUUCAAUCUACGAUCUCUCGCGACCUUCCUCUUCUCCCUCGCAGACUCUGCACUGGCCGACCAGUGUUGAUACUAUCACAUCCGUUGCGUUCAAUCAGUCCGAAACUUCGAUCUUGGGAUCCACUGCUCUUGACCGAUCCGUCGUUCUGUACGAUUUGCGAACUUCAUCGCCGGUGCACAAGAUGAUCCUUAAGCUGGCCUCUAACAAGAUCGCAUUCAACCCCCAGGAGUCCUUCAACUUCGCCGUGGCCAAUGAGGAUCACAACGCUUACAUUUUCGAUAUGAGAAAGACGGAUCGUGCCUUGAAUGUACUAAAGGACCACGUGGCUGCCGUGAUGGAUGUCGAGUUCAGUCCCACGGGUGAGGAUCUGGUUACUGCGUCUUACGAUCGAACAAUUCGUCUUUGGUCCAGACAGCAGGGUAGAUCCAAGGAUAUUUACCACACCAAGCGCAUGCAGCGUGUCUUCUGCGCCACAUUCACUCCUGACAGCAAGUACAUGCUGUCCGGUUCGGACGACGGAAACGUCCGUCUGUGGCGUGCCAAUGCAUCUGAUCGCAGUGGAAUUGUCAGCGCACGCCAACGUACCAAGAUGGAAUACGACAAAGCUCUUAUCAAGCGCUACGGACACAUGCCUGAAAUUCGCCGUAUUCAACGCCAGCGUCACGUGCCUAAGCCUAUUAAGAAGGCUGGUGAAAUCAAGCGUGAGGAGCUUGCUGCCAUCAAGAGGCGUGAGGAGAAUGUGCGGAAGCAUACCAGCAAGAAGAAUCUGAAGGCGAGACAGAGCGAGCGUGAGAAAAUGAUUUUGACCCACGAGCAAUAA